AUUCAUACGACAACAGCCCGUCGGUGCUGCAACAACCAUGACCAAGCACCGUAAACCACAUGCCAAGUCCCGACAUGGCUGUUUACAAUGCAAGGAACGACAUACUAAGUGUGACGAAUUCCACCCCCAAUGCAUGCAAUGCCGAAGGCAGCAAAUCUCCUGUAGUUUCUCUUCGCCGAAUUUGGCGGUAAUGCCCCUCAAUGAAGAUUCGCUCGCCGAUCUCGAACUGUUGGAGUAUUGGCAUCGGUACCCGCUGAUUCCGGGCAUGCCCCAGCAGGCCAAGCACCUUGAGCAUGGCUAUGUCCAACUCGGGUUCUCACACCAUUACCUGUUGAACAGCAUUCUCUCCCUGGCCGCUCUUCAACGGUUUAAUGGGGAUCGCUCUUGCACGCGCUGGUAUUUGCGAGCGGUCGCGCAUCAGCAGGCAGCCAUCAGUCGCGUCAAGCCUCAUCUGCAGGGCCUGGAGACAUCGACUUCUCAUCACAAGGCCGUAUUAGCGUUCUCCACCUUUACGUCGCUAUACGCUGUCACCGAACCGCUUUUACGCCUGAAGAGGGUCGGUUGUGGCUCUAGUCCUAACUUUGACCCCGUGGCAGAGUUUAUUCGUGUCAUUCAGAUUGGCAGGUCCACUUCAAUCUUUGUACAGCAACAUCUGAGUUCACUAAUCCACAUGGACCCAUUCAUGGCCUCCAAAUUCUCUUCCCAUCAGCUCGCCUAUGCCGGAGACCUGGAAGCUCGCUUUCCACAACUAGGACUAGUGCAGAGCUUUAUCGAACAGUAUCCGGACGAGAAUGAGCAUAAGGCUGUAUGUCUGCACGCUGCGAAACUAGUCUUCACAUACAUGGCUGUUUUUUUCGACAGCAUGCAGGGACAAAGACAGACGCGGGUGAUCUUUGCGUGGGUUAAUGAGGUACAAAAUCCCUUCUUGGAUCUGUGCUCCAGGCGGCAUCCUCUGGCGCUAGCAAUCCUGGCACAUUUUGCUGCGUUGAUGAGCCUAAAUCGAGGAGCCUGGUUUACGCAAAGCUGGUCGCAACUGCUUCUGGAAGACAUCCGCUAUACGCUUGAUGGCUGGGAAGAUAUUAUACAGUGGCCUAUGGGGAUUGUAAUGCAGAGUGAUGUCACCACUAUCUAACCGGCAUUGUAGGUCUAAUUAUAUAUCAGGCAACACGUUCGACGUUUGCUCCACCCUCGAGAGACGGUGUUCGGUAUGCCGCUUGACCGAUCAUUGGGCGUG